AUGGACAUGAAGAUGGACAUGCACCGGUUCACCGUGCCCUGGCUGGAUCAACCGGUCCAGCUGCAGUCCUCGCGCGCAGACAAAUGCAAGCUAUCGCCGGAGCAGUGUGCGUUUCGGAAUAGUCGAUGGCGAUACUGGUACGAAGCAGACCAUGUCUACGCUCUAAACACAGUCUACCUCUGCUGCGCCAUCAUCGCCGUCUUCGCCAUCUCCAACUUCAUCGUCCACUAUGCCCCUGACCGGAUCAAGCGCACGCGCAUCUACCGCCUCACCACCUCCGCCUCGCGAUACAUGGCCUACCGCGGCUAUCGCAUCCCCGUCUUCCGAUACUGGUCUCCGUCUCUCGGCGUCGUGGCCCUGGGCCUGGUCGGUGUUGUUUUCUUCUUUGCCAUGACUCUCGGUCCGAAACCUUAUUACUGGCCUACCGAUGCCAACUAUGGAAGCAGCCCGCCAAUUGCCACGCGCGCCGGCUGGAUGGCCCUGGCCUUGCUGCCGUUCGUACUGGCUCUGAGCCUCAAAGCCAAUAUGAUAUCGGCCUUGACGGGCGUUCCCCCAGAGAAACUCCAAGUCUUCCACCACUGGACCAGCUACGCCAUGUUCGUCCUGGCGCUCGUUCACACCUUUCCCUACAUCAUUUUCCACAUAUGGAAAGGCGACAUGGUGAAGCAGUGGAAGACGAGUGUGGUCUACUGGACGGGUAUACCCGCUCUUCUCUCACAGACCUAUCUCACCGUCAUGUCCCUGCCAGCCAUCCGAAACCGCUUCUACGAGUUCUUCAAAGCAACCCACUUAAUCGCAGCCCUAAUCUUCGUCGUCUUCUUCUUCCUGCACUGCGACUUCCGUCUCUCCUCCUGGGACUACUUCAUCGCCUCCGGCGCGCUCUACCUAACCUCCCUAGCGGCAGCCCACAUCCGCACCUACCUCCUCCACGGCCUGCACACCGCAACCCUCGAGCAACUCCCCAGCGGGCUAGUCCGAGUCGCCGUGCCCACAAUCGUAAAAUGGACACCAGGCCAACACGUUUUCGUCCGCUUCAUCACUUCCGACCUCCACCUGCUCACCGCGCACCCAUUCACCAUCUCCUCCGUCUGCCGGGACCCCGACGAAGAAGGCAAAGCCUCCGAACUAAUCUUCUACAUCAAGCCCCGGAAAGGCGUAACGGCCCGACUGGCCUCCCUCGCCCGCCAACGGCCCGGCUGUAAGAAGAAGAUUCUCAUCGAGGGUCCGUAUGGCGGCGUCAGCACAUACCACCUCUGCCGCUUCGAUACUAUCAUCGUCAUUGCCGGUGGGUCCGGCGGUGGGUUCUCGCUAGCCAUGGUCGAUGAAGCGCUUCGCCUAACGGGUCUAACGACUAGCGGGAAGGGCGUCCAAGGACGACGGAAUCUACAGGUAAUAUUCUCGACACGAGACCGCUCAAUGGCGGAUUGGUAUGUACAGGAAAUCGAGUCGAGACUCUCGCAUUCGACAGAGUUACUCUCGGAUACGGAGCACGGGUACGAAACAUCCGUCUCGGUGCAUAUCACUUCUCGACCGAUGACGUCUCAAUCGACGAAUACCGUUGACUCGGGACGAGGGUCCAUGCGAGACGUUGAAGACAUCGAGAAAGAAGAGAAGCUGCCCGCGGAAAUUACAACAACGGGCAUGUUCAGCCUUAACGUGCACCGGGAUGCCAGGCCUGAUAUCCCCGGCUUGCUGGAACGGACUGUUGGUGUUGCCGGGAUGCAGGCUGAGCUUUUGGGGCACAGGUUAAGGAUUGGCGUGUUGGUUUGUGGGCCUGCUAGUAUGCUACAUGAUACCCGGAAUGCGGCUGCGCUUGCGCAGGCACGCGCGUUGAGGGGCGAUGUUGAAGAGGUUUAUUUGCAUUCGGAGCCUUUUGCGUGGUGA